AGACACCUGAACUUUCUGAAGACUCUUCUAGGAAGGCAGAGGUCAGCUUCUCUCUGCUGACUUUGGUAAGGACCUUUAAGAUUUUGGUGUUUUACUCAUAACAAGGCUAUGUAUGCCACAAAAAGAUACAAUUGAUUUCUACCUGUCGCUCUCAAAACAAUGUAGAAGUUAAAUUAUAAUGCAUAUAUUUUGUAUGGACUGAUUUUAAUUGUGCAUAAAUCCGUGAUAUAUUUUCUGAGUAACACACUGUGUUGUUAUAACCCUGUACAUGAAAAGAACUGCAGCGAGACCACCAGAGCACCACCAUUGUCCAGGUCAUCAUGGGAGUCAUGACUGUGUCUGUUCUUCUCUGUGUCCUCACCUUCCUGGGGACCGAGGUGACUGGUGAGUGCCAGCCAUGCUUGAGCUCAAUCCCAUCUCCACUCCAGAUACAUAAAAACGUUUUUCCAUAAUUUACUCUCAGGAUUUUUUUGUUUGGUUUAAUCUGUAAUUGUUGUAAUUAUGCAUGGAACAUACAGCUCGCAGGGAUCUGAAAUAUCUGUCUUCUCAGGGACUUCUCGACCAUGGUAUCACAGAUUAUCCCGACAAGUGGAGAGAUUUGCAAGAAGAUCUGAACCAUUGCCAGAUCCGUACCAGUGUCCACCUGGGUUUUCUCGACCCAGCCGUUACUGGAGCACUUGCUACCGUUUCGACAACAGUUUGAAAUCAUGGUCGGCUGCAAAUGUAAGUGUCAUGACUGAUGUUUACUGACAUGCAUCCCAUUUAGAGUGAUGGUACGUGAGGUGGAAGAUAGUUAAUUGUAUUGUUCAUCCUCAAUAUAUGAAUAUGAAUGAGAUGGAACGCCUAUAUCACUUGAGCUUUAUGGAUGAUAAAAAGAAAGAUAAUGAAUUAAUAAGGAUAAUAAUAAAGUCAAUGACAUGCUCUUGCUUCCUCGUACAGAAUGCAUGCCGUCAAAGAGGUGGAUCCCUUGCUUCUAUCACAGACAGUAACGUGUACGAGUAUGCUCUUUCCCUGGUAGAAGAUGGAUACACCUGGGUUGAGGGGAGCCAUGAGGUAAAACAACCUGUUCCUCAUCCCCAAAGUACUCUCAUUUAAUAUUUAUUUUGGUUACCACUGACUACUAAGUAAAUACUGACGUUGACUUUUCCCUUUUCUCCCUAGCAGUCUGGAAUUCAGCAGAAGUACUGGUUGACAGGCUCUGUGCGUGACCAGAAUGGAAAGCAUGAGGGCUGCUUGUCAUUGGUGAAAUUUGAUGGUCAGUAUUGCAAACAUAUUCUUGCUUUGGUAACACUAAACAAUAGGGGUCCGGUACAAGGACUUUUAUAGGGACCACAUAUUAACUGUAUUCAUAUAGUUGUGCCACAACUGUCUGGACAAAUGUGCUGUACAACCUUUGUGGAACCCCAAGUAUAAUGAUCUAAGGGCUGGAUUCAAUCUGUAUUGCAGAAGUACCGCGGAACAUCUGUGUUUUAGCUCGAUUUAAAUUUAAACUCAAUGUUCCCGCGUUCGCGGAGAAUGCAUUCACGGUAAAUGCUGCAUAUGUCGUCUCAAUCGGAAAUCACCAUUACAUUUUAAAUCGCAUGUUCCGCGAUACUUCCGCGAUACGGAUAGAAUCCAGCCCUAAGUUGUAUGUAGGUGUUGGGUGAGCAGGAGUGCAAUCUCCAUUCACUCCAUAGUGGGUUUUAAUAGCUGUAGACGAGCUCCUCUGGUUAAAUACAGAAUGAGAAAGUUCAGUCAUUUUCAUCAGUCCCAUUCAGUGAAUGGUAAACAGCCGUACCUGUUUUCCAUGGUCACUCUUCUUCUGUUCUGCCUUACCCUGAGACUCAAAAAAGACAUUCUCCUCUACAGAUAGAACAGGUUUUGAUGAUAUCAGCUGUUCCAGUCAGGACAACACCGCCUUCACCCUCUGCGAGAUAUAAACGUCUUAUUUCGUAGUGUAAGGCCAAACAGAGAGUGGAUUUUGCCAAUACUCUCUGAUGAUCUUUUUCUCCUAUCGCACCACAUUGUUCUGAAUUGACUUUGUCUAAUACUUAGAGACAAUAUCAUGAAAAGUGAUGUAAUGGCUACAGAAUCAUACAUAAUGAUACAUUGAUUCAAUUGUAUUUUAGGUGGCCUUUUUUCUAUUGAAAGUAAUAGUCUGGUUUUGCAAUGGAAUUGUCACUAUAGUAUUUUUGAAGCUAUCUUUAAGAUACAGUACCAAACAUGUAGGUAAUGACAAAAAAUGUUUGAUUCCCUUACAUUCCCAUACAGUUAUUCUCAAUACUUAGUCUAAAAGGGGAAAUAGGCUAUAUCCAUUAUAUCUGGAAUAUCUAUUGAAUUGGUGGAAUUGUUAUGUCAUGUACAUCCCUCAGUGCUUCCUUGCAUAUCUUUUUGAAUAAAAACAUUCAGCAUCA